UCUCUCUUUCUAAAAUAAAUCUUUUUUAAAAAAUCAUCUGAAAGAUAAUUUUUACAAGUGUUAGAGUUAUUGACAAAUCUGAAGAAACUUGCCAUUGAACAUAGACCUCAGGUUCUCCACAGGCAAGUUGAGUACUUUGAGUUGAGUUGUUCCGGGUGCGGAUGACUUGACCUGCGCACCCCUCAGGGUUGUGGUCUUCAUGAACUGAGGGGAGCACAGAUGGAGGGAGGCAUGUGAAAGCAGCUUCUGGAGAAGCCGUGAGAAUGGGGGUUCCACUUGUACGGAGGAAAUGGUCCAUUCGGCCAGUAGCAGCCUACUUGCGCAGGUCAAUCAGAACGUUUUGCAUGUAGAUCAUGAGAGCUGUGAGAGAUUUGUUUUUUUUGGUUUUUUUUUUUUAGGGAGCUAGGACCCUGAAGAAAGGCAAAUAGUGCUGGGCUCUCCAGGAUGGCUGGAGAGAGCUGAACCUGGGCAUUCAGCCUGGAGCCUGACGAAAUAUGCUAGUGUUUCCCGGGGUCAGAAUAGUGAUUAAGGUCGGACUCCAGGAUAACUUUGGAACUGAAAAGCCUGAUUAUUGGGUUAUGAUGAAUUCCUAAAAUCUGUACACCUGUUACGCUCAGGACUGAAGUUUGUAGCUGAUACUUCUUUCCUACUGGUCAAGUAGCUGUGCCCAGGUUGUGGGAGAAUAUGGUCCGUAUUGAGGAAAUACAGGUCAAGCUCAAAGGGGAGAGAUCGAGACCUCUGGGGCAGCGACGCAGAAACCCCUCGGCACUAAGCUGGCGAGCGUCCUGUGUGAGGGAAGGGCUGGUGCUGUUUCCUGGGGUUUGCAGUCUGCGUGAGUAGCUCGCCUCAGUGUUCCGAGGGCAUCGCAGGCAAAGUUUCCUGGUCCUGCAACAGGGCAGUGGUGUGGUAUUUCUUUAAAACAAAACAAAACUGCUUUUUAACAAAGUUGAGGAAAAUAGAGAAUACUGUUAUUCUUUAUCCAGAAAGCUCUCAAACUAGACCCUUUAAAAUCUUCAUGCUAAAAAAAAAAAAAAAUCUUCAUGCUGCUUUUCAGGAUACUAUUGGUUCACUGAUUAUUUUCUCUUCCCUUAUAAUAGAAUCACUUAGAACAUUUACUAAGAAAUCAAAUUUGUCUAAGUUACUGAAUUUAUACUCCUGGGGCAUGUGUACCCCAACAUGUUUAUGUGUACAUUUUAUGUAUAUUAUCUAUAAUUUAUACCAUAUACGUGUCAUUAUUUCUUUUAGGUAUUGUAAAUAUUAAUCCUUAUUUUGCAGAAAUAUUUUAACCCAACCCAACUCUUUCUGUUUGUUUUUUGUUUGUUUGUUUUUUGUUUUUUUUGAAGACAAAUUAAGGCAAAAUGGAAUUACUGGUUAAAGGUAGUGACAUCUCUAGGGAUCUCGAUACAUUUUUCUCAAACGCCUUCUGGAAUCCCACUUGUCUGCGUGCCUAAGAGCAGAGUAUCCGUACCUGUCUCACCAUACUUGCAAGAAUGAAUGCUAACUUACAGCAGCUUGAUCUACCUAAUAGUAAAGGAAGAUGUCUCAUUUUUAUUCACUUUCCUUUUACUGGUGUUGAAGGCGGAUAUGGUUUGUCAUGGUGUUUGACCCAUAAGCUUAAGAAAAUAGCUUUUUGGGGGAGCAAACCUAAGACAAAGCAACUAUGACCAUUCCCAGUUAACCCUGUAGCACUGAUAGCUUUGUUGCAUUGGUCCUCAGUCUUGUAGAGUCUGUUAAAGAACUUUUGUUUUCUUUUUUUAAGAAGGUGAGUGUUGAUUAUGGUCAUAGAGAGCCCGAGCGUGUGUGUAGGACUGACUCAGGGCCCUGCCGCUUAGUCUUGUGUAAGCCUGAAGAAGUCACCUCCUCCCUCCAGGCUUCAGGUCCCUUGACCAUAAGACGAGGCUGACAGCCCUCCCGGUAAUUCUCACGAUGACACCACGUACCAGGCUUGGAGAGGCUUCGGGGGAAAGGUAGCUACAGUACUUGUGAAAGCUGCCCCCAAACUGAUAGGAUAAAUCCUCCUCCACUGCUCUCCUGUUCCCCAAUAUGGUGAAAGAAAGCGCUACUUCCAGGGCCACUGAGCCUGAGCCACCACUCCAAGGUCACGACAAGACUUAGGCUUUCCUUCCAACCCUGUGGUUUCCUAUCUGCCUGCCUGUCGCUCUAGGGAUUAAUAAUGUAGAUGUUCAAAGCCCUUCUUUCACUGAGCAUUCAAUUUUUUGCAUAACGGAUUUUUGAGACUCAAAGUAUUUUUUGGAAGCAUUUAAAAAAUAAGUUUCAGAUUUUAGAUGCCAUGUGGUCUUCCACGCCGGGAUGUGCGUGGGCCACACCAGCCUGGCUGACCCCGCCGACCCCAGCGGGUGAUGUAGUAGGCCGCACGUCCCUACGUCGGCCCUGAACUGCUUUCUCUCCCACGUUCCUGGGCUUCCCAGCUGCCGGCCCAGGCCGGGCCCCAUUCCGCCAGCGGCUGAGCUGCAGAGCCAGGUUCCGAAAUGUCAGCCGUCCUGCGGGAGCUGCUCCGCGUCUCGGAGAAGGCUGCCAACAUCGCCCGGGCCUGCAGGCAGCAGGAGGCCCUCUUCCAGCUCCUGAUAGAAGAAAAGAAAGACGGAGAAAAGAACAAGAAGUUUGCCGUUGAUUUUAAGACGCUGGCUGAUGUCCUCGUACAGGAAGUCAUAAAACAGAACAUGGAGAACAAGUUUCCAGGUUUGGGAAAAAAAAUUUUGGGAGAAGAAUCAAAUGAGUUUACUAACGAAUUGGGGGAAAAGAUUAUCUUGAGGCUGUGUCCGACGGAGGAAGAGACAGUAGAGCUUCUUAGCAAGGUCCUUAAUGGGAACAAGCUGGCGUCUGAAGCACUAGCCAAGGUCGUUCAUCAGGAUGUCACCCUUACGGACCCAACUCUUGAUUCGGUAGAGAUCAACAUUCCUCAGGACAUUUUGGGAAUCUGGGUGGAUCCCAUUGAUUCCACUUAUCAGUAUAUAAAAGGUUCUACUGAUAUUAAAUCCAACGAAGGAAUCUUCCCCAGCGGGCUUCAGUGUGUCACCAUUUUAAUUGGUGUCUAUGACCUACACACAGGGGUCCCCCUAAUGGGAGUCAUCAACCAACCUUUCGUAUCACAAGACCUAACCACCCUCAGGUGGCGAGGACGCUGCUACUGGGGCCUUUCCUACCUGGGGACCAACGUUCACUCCCUGCAGCGCGCCGGGCCUGCGGGGAGCAGCGGGGAGCCCCGGGCGGCCGGAGGCGCGGGCCCCGAGGCAGGGCAGCCGCGCGGGCUCUCCGCCGUCAUCAGCACCAGCGAGGCGGCCACCGUGAAGGCCGCCGUGGGCCGCGUGUGCGGGGAGCGCGUGUUCCCCGCGGCCGGCGCGGGCUACAAGGGCCUGUGCGUGGUGCAGGGCCUGGCCGACGUCUACAUCUUCUCGGAGGACACCACCUUCAAGUGGGACUGCUGCGCGGCGCACGCCAUCCUGCGGGCCAUGGGCGGCGGCGUGGCGGACCUGCAGGGCUGCCUGCGGGCCGGGCCGGGCGCGGGCCUGGAGCCGCCGCAGCUGCGCUACCACGCGGCUAACCGGGGCGCUGCGGGCGCCGAGCGCUGGGCCAACAAGGGCGGGCUGCUGGCCUACCGCUCCAGGGAGCGGCUGGACGCCUUCCUCGGCCUGCUCAUCCCCAGCCUCGCGGCCGUGGGCACCCCCACCUAACGGGCUGCGACCCCCCACCCCGGGACCUAACGGGCCGCGACGCGCCCCCCGGGACUUAACGGGCCGCAACCCCUGCACCUAAUGGGCCAUGAACCCCCUGGGACGUAACAGGCCACAACCCACCCCCGGGACUUAAUGGGCCGCGACCCCCCUGGGACCUAAUGGGCCAUGACCCCCCCCCCCCGACUUAACGGGCUGCGACCCCCACACCUAACAGGCCAUGACCCCCCUGGGACCUAACGGGCCAUGACCCACCUCUGGGACUUAAUGGGCCACAACCCCCCUGGGACCUAAUGGGCCAUGAACCCCCUGGGACCGAACAGGCCACAACCCACCCCCGGGACUUAAUGGGCUGCGACCCCCUGGGACCUAGCGGGCCACGACCCCCUGGGACCUAACGGGCCACAACCCCCCUGCGACCUAACGGGCCACGACCCACCCCCGGGACUUAAUGGGCCGCGACCCCCCUGGGACCUAAUGGGCCAUGACCCCCCCCCGACUUAACGGGCCGUGACCCCCCCACCUAACAGGCCAUGACCCCCCUGGGACCUAACAGGCCAUGACCCCCCCCAGGGACUUAAUGGGCUGCGACCCCCUGGGACCUAAUGGGCCAUGACCCACCUCUGGGACUUAAUGGGCUGCGACCCCCUGGGACCUAGCGGGCCACGACCCCCCUGGGACCUAACGGGCCACGACCCCCCUGGGACCUAACGGGCCACGACCCACCCCCGGGACCUAACGGGCCGUGACCCCCGCACCUAACGGGCCACAACCUCCACACCUAACAGGCUGCUCCCCUCCCCGCACCUAGUGGGCCACGCUCCCCACCCCACGGCGACACCCACGGGCUGCUACACACCGGCCGGCUCGGCACUCGGCACUCGGCCCGCGGCCUGCAGCCCCGGCUGCUCACCCCGAGGCCUCCACGGGGACCUUGGGCCAGCUACUCAGAGACCUCCAUGAGCCAUCGAGCCAACACAGCCCUGCUCAGUGAUGCCCCUCCAAGGACGCGGCCCUGCUCCACGACGCCCCUCCAAGGAUGCAGUCCUGCUCGGUGGCAGCCUUCCAAGGACCUGUCCCUGCUCCGUGGUGCCCCUCCAAGGGCCCAGCCCUGCACCGCGGCCUCAGGUGGCCCGUACCCCUGCCGGGGUGCCAUGGCCAGUGUCCUCUGGGGCCGCGGGCCUCUCUGCCUGUGGUCUUCAGCAGCCCCGGUGAGGCCCGGGCUUUGCCGGGAGGGGUCCAAACCUCAGCCCUGGGGUCGCUCCGCCCGGCCCUCUGGGGGCAAGGGGCACUUCGGCAGCGUCUCCCAGGGGUCUGUAAGGACAGUCGAACCGACUACGCUUAAAACCACGACUGUGCUUGGUGAUUGGCUGCUGGCACCCGAGCUCCAUAUUCUUACCACUUACGUUGUCUUAAAGGUGGAUUUAAAGAAAACUGAAUUCAUUCUUCACACAUCACGUUAAAAACAAAAGCCCAGAAAUGGGUCCUGCUCUCUGAUAUGUGCCAGAACGGAGAGAACUAGAAUACGGUUUAAGAGGGAGGCCAGGAGGCUCAGUGGUGGAGCGUCUGCCUUGGGCUCAGGGCGUGAUCCCAAGGCCCUGGGUCGAGUCCCCAUCGGGGUCCCCGCAGGGAGCCUGCUUCUCCCUCUGGCGGGGUCUCUGCCUCUCUCUGUUUCUGUGUCUCAUGAAUAAAUAAAUAAAAUCUUUAAAAAUAAAAAGAAUAUGGUUUAAGAAAAAGCAUUUAUUGUCAACAUGAACAUUUUCAGAGCAUGUAAAUUAUCAAUAAAAUGCAGUGAAAACAGUCCUCUUCAAUGUGAUCCAAACAAGCAGUUUAUCAAUGUAUGAGAGAAGAAAAGCUACGAUAGGAAGUCAUGUCCAUUCUGGUAACAUCUGCCAUACACACUCCUCGCCAGCCUGCAGGAAAGCUGAGGCACUUCCUUAAGCAUGUGUCUAAGGACAGGCCUGCACUUUGUCUUGCACAAACUACACCCAUGGGAGAAUGACCUUACUGAUUUCUUUAGAAGAAAAAAACUUAAAAAUACUUGCAAAGCAAUCUGAGGACAUAUUCUGAAUUUUAAACCUUUCCCUCUGUUUUUUUAACGAUUGUCUCAUACACUAUUUUUUUUUAAGACUCACCUUUAUGAGGACACCUGGCUGGCUUGGUCGGUGGGGGAUGUGACUCUUGAUCUUGAGGUUGUAAGUUUGAGCCCCACGCCAAGUCUAGAGAUGACUUGAAAAAAAGUCUUCAAAAAAGAAAAGACUCCUCUUUAGGAACCCUUUCCAAAGCCUUUAAUUCUUUGUUUUCAAAAUCACAUUCCAUCAUUUUGUGUGUAACUAAUCUAUUUCAAUUACGAUCAGAAUAUACAGUUUUGGAAAGGCGUCCACAAGACUUGGCAAACAUACAACUGCCCUGACAGGGAUGGGAUAGAGGGGGUGGGGGUAGUGAUAGAGGGGAUGUGCCAGAGUAGCCCGUUGGCCGUGAGGGUCGGUGUCUGAUGCAUGAGCCAGCAUGUUUUACAGGAGACGGGGGAGAGCUCAAUCUGCCAGCCCUGGAUGGAGGGUGGUAAAAAGCUUCCACUGCACAGCAGUGAGAGCAAUCUCUGGGAAGCCAAGUUGCUUUUCCUCCACUAUAGCAUCGUUUCGAUAGUGGGGCCAGACUGAGAGAGCUCCCAGCAGCUGGAAUCUGAGGGAACCUGGCCACCUCUCUCUACAGUGAAAGCUAAGCCCUUUCAACUGGGUUUGGGGAUCAGUACUGGAGAUUCAGUGCUGUGUAGAUGCGUCUGCCUCGAGCCAAGUAUCUCAGCGAGCACAGAGUUCCAUGCCAGGCUGGCCUACCAACCUCAGCCCUUCCAAUGAGCCCAGCUAUGUCCGUGGAGCCUUCAGUGUGCUAGGACAGCUUGCUGCAGGGGCAAGCUCAUCAUGCAGUUAGACUGAUAUACCAAGUCCUAGAGCAGAGAAGUAGGCAAAAUAAUGACAAGCCAGAGAGAGGUAAUGUAUUCUUAACCUUGGGAUAUAAGAAGAGUUCCAUUACAGUGAGAAAUUGGUAGCUUUGAUGUUAUUUCUCCCCCAGGAUAAAUAUUUCUAUCAAUUUGUCAUACUAAUCUAUCACAAGCAAGGUCCUACAUGUGAGAAGUUGUUUUUCAAAAAUAAAUUCUAAUAGAUUAUAAUUUCAUUAUCCAGAUUAUUUUGAGAAUCAUAAUCUAUCGGUAAUCUAGGCUUACAAUUCCCAAAUGAUAUCUGCUAGCCUCGGGUGGCUAUUGAGCCUGUGAAAUGUGUCUAUUCUGAAUGGAGAUGUGUUAUCCAUGGAAAUGAAAAAAAGGUAAAAUAUUCACAAUUUGUAAUAGACCUCUCUAUAAUACAAUUUUUUAAAAAAGAUUUUAUUUAUUCACAAGAGUCACAGGCAGAGGGAGAAGCAGGCUCCUUGCGAGGAGCCCGAUGUGGGACUUGAUCCCGGACCCUGGGGUCACAACCUGAGCUGAGGGCAGACUUUCAACUGCUGAGCCGCCCAGGUGUCCCUAUAACACAAUUUUUCCAAUGGGACAAUACUUUUAAAUUUGAGAACAAAAUACCUUAACUUGCAACUUAAGGAAUAUUAUAACAAAGGGAUAGUUCAGUAAGGCAUUUAGGUCACUAUUAAAAGCAAUUAGUAAAUAUUUAAUAAUGAUGGUUUUAUUUUCAAGGUCCUAUCUGUAAGUUACUCAUUUACAUUUUAUUGUUUUAUUUCUCACAUCUAUAUUGUAACAACUGAUUUAUCCCUUCUUUCAUGCAAUCAUAUGCUACUGUAUCUUCAAUAACUGAUUUGAAUUCCAUUAAAAAUAACAUGUCUAGGGCA